AUCAUCGGCCGGCCUGACUUCACAGCAGCAUGGCGGAUAAGGCUGAGUUACAAGAAGCGAUUAAAGCUCAAGGAGAGGUUGUACGCCAGCUAAAAGCAGAAAAGGCCAGUUCUGAGCAGCAUUGCUGACCAGUUUUCUCCCGUUCUCCAUGCAUCACAUUCCUGGGCAUCACUUCUGGCUUGACUGCUUCUGCUGUGGACACUGUAAAUCUCAACACUUCUGUGGGGACUGUCCUUGCUGAGGACUUCAACACACUCACUUGUGGAUAACAAAUGAACAUAUUUUAUCACUUUGAUCGUACAACUUUCUUCUGGAAAUAUUUUUGAAAAUGAACUUCAUUUUUUGGAAAAAAUUGAAUAACCUUGGAUUUUCUACUGGGAAAUUGAUAACUGGCUUAUGGACCACGCCUUUUAAAAAUCCACUGCUUGUAAUGUUCUGCCAUAACAAUGCCCAGAUUGCAAGUGAAGUGGCAAAGCUAUUAGAACUGAAGGCACAGUUGGGGACAGACGAUGGCAAACAUUCAUUUGUUCUCAAAACCCCAAAGGGGACCAGAGACUAUAAUCCAAAACAAAUGGCAAUCAGAGAAAAGGUAUUCAAUAUCAUCAUCGGUUGUUUUAAACGUCAUGGGGCUGAAACAAUAGACACACCAGUUUUCGAAUUAAAGGAAACGCUUACGGGAAAAUACGGAGAAGACUCAAAACUCAUAUAUGAUUUGAAGGACCAGGGUGGUGAGCUUCUUUCCCUGCGAUAUGAUUUAACUGUUCCUUUUGCUCGUUAUCUAGCAAUGAAUAAAAUUACCAACAUUAAGAGAUACCACAUUGCAAAAGUGUACAGAAGAGAUAACCCUGCCAUGACCAGAGGGCGGUACAGGGAGUUUUAUCAGUGUGAUUUUGAUAUAGCAGGACAAUAUGAUCCAAUGAUUCCUGAUGCUGAAUGUCUGAAAAUAGUCCAUGAAAUAUUGAGUGAUUUGCAGAUAGGAGAUUUUUGCAUUAAGGUUAAUGAUCGACGAAUUUUAGAUGGCAUGUUUUCCAUCUGUGGUGUUCCUGAUGAGAAAUUUAGAACAAUCUGUUCAAGUGUGGAUAAACUGGAUAAGGCAUCCUGGGAAGAGGUAAAGAACGAAAUGGUGGGUGAGAAAGGACUGGCUCCAGAGGCUGCUGACAAGAUUGGAGAGUAUGUAAGCAUGCAAGGUGGUGCUGACCUGGCUGAAAAACUGCUUAAAGACCCCUUACUGUCCCAGAACAAACAGGCUUACAGCGGAUUGACAGAUAUGAAGGAGCUCUUUAAAUACCUGGAACUUUUCAAUGUAACCGAUAAGGUCAUUUUUGAUCUGAGUCUUGCUCGAGGUCUGGACUACUACACAGGUGUCAUAUAUGAAGCAGUCUUGACGCAGAACCAGAUGGAAGCUCAACCCCAGAAACAACAAAAUGACCAUUCCACUGAUGAACCAGUCAGCGUAGGAAGUGUAGCUGGUGGAGGCCGAUAUGAUGGUCUAGUUGGAAUGUUUGAUCCAAAGGGCAGAAAAGUGCCUUGUGUUGGAGUUAGCAUCGGCAUUGAAAGAAUAUUUUCAAUUAUGGAACAAAAGGCAGAGGCCUCAGAGGAGAAGAUUCGAACAACUGAAACACAAGUGCUGGUUGCCUCAGCACAGAAGAAUCUAUUGGAGGAAAGGCUGAAACUAAUUUCAGAGCUUUGGGCUGCAGGCAUAAAAGCAGAAGUGAUGUACAAGAAAAAUCCCAAGUUGCUGAGUCAGUUGCAGCACUGUGAAGAAACUGGAAUCCAACUUGUUGCAAUCGUUGGGGAGCAGGAAUUAAAGGAUGGAGUUGUAAAGCUUCGAAAUGUUGCUACUAGAGGAGAGGAAAAUGUGCCUCGUGCUAAUGUUGUUGAAGAAAUAAAGAGAGCACUACAGUCCUAGGCUAUCACUUUAACUGUCAAUUGUCUUGGAUCCUUUUACUUCACAUAUGCAUAUAAGAAAUUCAGUUAUUUAUACAUAAAAUAAAUAAUUUCACCUUUGUCACUGCA